AUGAAUUCACUCAAUUUUACAAUUAGUCCUCUUUGGAGUAUUACUUUUGUGGUGUUAUCAAUACUUUUGUUGGUACAUCCUUCUUAUGGAUCGAGUCUAACUUCAAGUUUUUACGAAAAAACAUGUCCUAAUGCUCUCAAAACGAUACAACAAGCUAUUCAAAAAGCAGUGUCCAAUGAAAGUCGAAUGGCUGCAUCCCUCAUUCGACUUCAUUUUCACGAUUGUUUUGUUCAGGGUUGUGAUGCCUCAAUUCUACUUGACGCACAAGCCACAUCGACGAGCGAGAGAAACGCGUUUCAAAAUAUUGGAUCUCUUAGAGGUUAUGAAGUAGUGGAUUCAGUGAAGGUUGAGGUGGAGAAAUUGUGUCCUGGAAUUGUUUCUUGUGCAGAUAUUCUUGCGGUUACAGCACGAGAUGCUUCUGUUAUUGCGGGAGGCCCUUCAUGGACUGUAAUGCUAGGAAGAAGAGAUUCCACCACAGCUAAUCGUACAUUAGCCGAAAGUGAUUUGCCCCUUUCCACCAGUACCCUCGAUGAACAAAUUUCUAUAUUUUCCAAUAAGGGACUUAACACAAGGGAGAUGGUUGCAUUGACAGGAUCACAUACAUUAGGACAAGCACAAUGUUCCCAUUACCGUGAAAGGAUAUACAAUGGUACACAAAUUGAUGCCACCUUUGCCCAAAACCUCCAAAAGAAUUGCACUCGUAGUGGGCAAAAUGAUUCAUCCAAUCUAGCGCCUUUUGAUUUAGUUACACCAAAUUCGUUCGACAACAAUUACUUCAAGAAUUUACUUGUCAAAAAAGGUCUUCUCCCAUCGGACCAAAUACUUUUCAGUGGAGGGGCGACAGAUAAUAUUGUGGUUGAAUAUAGUAAGGAUGCUUCAAAAUUCAACACAGAUUUUGCAGACGCCAUGGUAAAAAUGGGAAACAUUAGUCCUCUCACAGGAUCUGAGGGAGUAAUAAGGAAGAUAUGUAGCAAAAAUAACUAA